AUGCGGCUCGGCAUCACGCCGGAGAGCCAGGCGGCGGCGUCGGCAGAGGUGGCCGACGCUGCGCGCUUGGACGCUGCGGCGGACGAGGCGGAGGAGGAGGCGGAGGCGGAGCAGGAGGCCGCGGCGGUGGCGGAGGCGGCGCUGGCUGAGGCCGAGGCUGCACAGGCGGAGUCUAGGGCGGCGCAGGCGGAGGCCCGGGCGGCGAGGGACGAGGUCGUGGCGGCGCUGAAGGAGGCCAAGGCGGCGCUGGAGGAGGCCACGGCGGCGAUGGAGGAGGCCAAGGUGAAGCUGAGUGGGGCCGACUCGGCCGUUGAGGGGGACGAGACGGCGCUGGUGGCGGCGUUGUCCGCCGCCAAGGAGAGGCGCGCGGCCGCCUUCACCGAGCAGUCCUUCAACAACAUGUUUGCGUCAGCCAGGGAGCAGCUCGCGCGCUCGCUGCUCAAGUAG